AUGGAACGAGCAAAGGAACGAAGCCUAAGAGCGCGGAAUCCGGCUGUGUUGUCGGGGCCGCUGGAGUUGGAUGUCGAUGUCUAUAGAUUUGCGGAUGAUGGGGAUGAUGGCGCGAAAUGA